AUGGAUCCAGAUGAGGUCAAUCGAGCCCUUGGGCACUACCUCAAUGACUCCGAUUCGGGCGAGUUGGUAGUCGAGGACAGCACCACAGUUCAGGUGAAAAAUCCGGAAGCGCGGAAGACUGGUGAUAAGAUCGAAGUGUUCUAUUCUCGCAAGACGACUGUAGUUUCACCAACCAAUUCUGAUGACGAAGAUGCAGAUUUCUGUUCUGACUCAGAGCUGCUCCCACAACAAGAAGGACAUCGAUCACGUGCCACAUCGUUUGCAGGAAGAGUUCGUGGAGGAAGUGAUGAUGAAGCUAUGCCAAGACACACCGUUCUUCGAUAUCGCCGUAAGAAAGGUGGGCAAUGGAGAGAAGUGAAUGCACAAGGAACUCCGGAUAGAAGGAAGGACGAUGAAGACGAAUUGGAAGUUGAUGUCAAAGAGGAUAGAUCUGAGCAGACUGGAAUUGUGACAAAGACUUACGAGGCUCGUUGGAAAGUUCUGAAAUAUGAACAUUUACCAGAAUGGCUACAGGAUAAUGAGUUUUUAAGACACGGUCAUCGCCCCCCACUACCAUCUGUGUCCGAAUGCUUUAAGAGUAUUUGGUCCCUUCACACUGAAACUGGAAACAUUUGGACUCAUUUGAUUGGAUGCGUCGCGUUCUUCUUUCUUGCCUGUUGGUUCUUGACGAGACCCGAUAAUCACAUUCAGUUCCAAGAAAAGGUUGUGUUCUCAUUCUUCUUCGCUGGAGCCGUCGUUUGCCUCGGACUUUCAUUCGCAUUCCAUACUCUUUCUUGUCACUCGGUGAAUGUCGUCAAAAUCUUCUGCAAGCUGGACUACAUGGGAAUUUCUCUUCUUAUUAUCGGAUCUUUCAUUCCAUGGAUUUAUUAUGGAUUUUAUUGUCGAAGAGAACCCAAAAUCACAUAUAUCGCAAUGGUUUGCGUUUUGGGAAUCGGUGCGAUAGUCGUUUCUUUGUGGGACAAAUUCAGUGAAUCGAAAUAUCGUCCAGUGAGAGCAGCAGUCUUCGUUGGAAUGGGUUGUAGCGGAGUAAUUCCCACGAUACACUACAUAAUAACCGAUGGAGUUCACUCUCUUUUCACCGAUAAUUCAUUCCACUGGCUGCUUCUAAUGGCCUUCCUGUAUUUACUCGGAGCCGCUCUCUACGCAACCAGAACACCAGAAAGAUUUUUCCCAGGAAAAUGUGAUAUUUGGUUCCAAUCCCACCAACUCUUCCAUACCUGCGUCGUUAUUGCCGCUUUCGUCCACUACUAUGGAAUCUCGGAAAUGGCAUUCGCUCGUCUCAAUGAACAGUGUCCUGUUAGAUAG